AUGCCAACUCUGGUCCAAUUGCUGUCUUCAUCUUCUGCCACUGAUGUUGAAAACACGAUUCUUUUACUGAUGAGGUGCAGACAGUUCCAAAUUGAUGGCUCUGAGGCCCGUCUCCAAAUGUUGCCACUUGUAUUUUCCCAGGACAAAUCUAUCUAUGCAACUGUUGAGGAUGCAUUCAUCAGAAUUUAUUUGAGGAGAAACCCUACAGAAACUGCUGCAAAUAUAUUGAACCUUGCUAUAGAAUCUAAUAUCGGUGAUCUAGUAGCUCUAGAAUUUAUAGUUGGUUCCUUGGUAUCUAAGGGGGAUAUUUCUAUAAGCAUGGUAUGUUUAUUCAAUUGUCAUAAUUUCAGCAUCUUUGUAUUCAAGUGUUUUGUUAGAUUUACUAAGAGAACGAUGAAGCUUGUUGGUUUCCAUCAUAUUCAUCAGUUAAAAGUAUUUUCACAUUCAUUUGUUGGCGCAAGUGAAGAUGGCGUCAAAGUGUUUCAACUUAAAUAGCAUAUGUUACGUUCUAAGCCUUUGUUAAAUGUCUUGGGAGACUACACGGUUGAUUCUUUUGUGUGGUAAGAAUCAUGCAAAUUUGCAUAUUACACAACAUGUAUUGCAUAUGAUAACUAUUCAUAGUGAUAGAAAGAAAUUGAGUAAGAAAUACUAGUUAUACAUGCAAGGUGUGUGAUUUGAUGGAUGAAUAUAAAACAUUGUGCUGUUGUGGAUAUGGGUGUCUCCGACCCUUACAAUGCUUGGUUUUAUGUAUUUACCAUUAUAUGCCAUCUCUUCGUAUGCAUUCUUUUGUUUUUGCACUCGUAUUUGCGAUUGCGGGAAAGGCCUCUUGAUCUAAGUUGUAAACAUGGUGUCAUCGGCAAGGGGACUUCAACUGUAAGUAAAUGCACUCAUGGAUUUUUUUUUCCAUUUUGAAUGCUUGGGUUUGAACUUCAAAGCCAAUGCUCUUUGCGAGUAGCCUCAUUAUGUCAAUUGUGUUUUACAAUGUUUACUUUUGAGGUUUGUAGCAAUUUCUCACCAUCAUUUAUGAAGACUUGUCAUUCAUAUCCUUGUGUUCGAUAGUUUCUAUUUAUUUGUUACUAUGAAUAAUUAGACUUCAUUAAAGAAGAGGAAUCACUUUAGAGAGUUUGAAGAAACUCGCAACCCAUGGAGGGCAAUAUACCCCUUCUUGGUAAGCAAAAAGUCUAUGCCAUCUAAAUGUUAUUUACCAAGCAUGUUGUCUCUAUAGUUCAUAAAGAUAACCCCAGAUAAAAUGUUUCUAGUUCUCUCCACAAAAGCCAAAUGAAAUAUGUAAAAAGGUAGCAACGUGUUUUUCAAAACAUCCUUUAGGCAAGAUAAGUUUUUUGGAAUGAGCAUAAGGUAAGAGCAAGGAGUGAUGGCUUCUACUUAUGUAAAUGAAACACAUCAGCUAGAUUGGAGAAAGUGGUUAUGGUUACAUGAUUUGAUCAUUUCCCUCAAAUUGGGAACCGAGGUUUGUAGAGCCCAUGUGUGUCUUACUAUUAGGAUUUUUGAACAAGUACCCUAAGAGAUACCUAAACUUGA